AUGGCUGACCAAGAUGAGGCACAUUUGGCUGAGCUCAAGAAGAAAAGAACCUUCCGUAAAUUCACCUACCGUGGCGUAGAUUUGGAGCAGCUGCUGGACAUGUCUCGUGACCAGUUCGCAAAGAUGCUGCCCUGUCGCAUGCGUAGACGUCUUGCUCGAGGAUUGAAAAGGAAGCACCUCAACUUGAUCUCUCGUUUGCAAAAGGCGAAGAAAGCUGCUAAUGUUCUGGAGAAGCCGGCUACAGUGAAGACACACUUGCGAGAUAUGGUUAUCCUCCCUGAAAUGGUCGGCUCUGUUAUUGGUAUCUACAACGGAAAAGUUUUUAACCAGACUGAGAUCAAGCCAGAGAUGAUUGGAUAUUAUUUGGGAGAAUUCGCAAUUACCUACAAGCCUGUCAAGCACGGUAGGCCAGGUAUCGGAGCCACCCACUCAUCGCGAUUUAUCCCUCUGAAGUAA